ACAAAAGCAUCAGCCAUGGAUUUUCAACACCGUCCGGGAGGUAAAACGGGAAGCGGAGGCGUUGCCUCGGCAUCAGAGAGCAACCGAGACCGCAGAGAGAGGCUAAGGCAGCUGGCGUUGGAAACGAUCGAUAUCAACAAGGAUCCCUAUUUUAUGAAAAAUCACUUGGGCUCUUACGAAUGCAAGCUUUGCCUGACCCUGCACAACAACGAGGGAAGCUACUUGGCACAUACCCAGGGGAAAAAGCACCAAACCAAUUUAGCUCGGAGAGCUGCCAAGGAAGCCAAAGAAGCCCCGGCCCAGCCUGCUCCCGAGAAAGUGAAAGUCGAAGUGAAGAAGUUUGUGAAAAUCGGCCGGCCGGGUUACAAAGUGACCAAACAGAGGGAUCCAGAGACAUGCCAGCAGAGUCUUCUCUUCCAGAUCGACUAUCCAGAGAUUGCCGAGAGCAUUAUGCCCAGGCAUCGCUUCAUGUCGGCGUACGAGCAGAGGAUCGAGCCCCCGGACCGGCGCUGGCAAUACCUCCUGAUGGCGGCCGAGCCCUACGAGACCAUCGCUUUCAAGGUACCCAGCAGAGAGAUCGACAAAGCCGAAAGCAAGUUCUGGACUCACUGGAACCGAGAAACAAAACAGUUCUUCCUUCAGUUCCACUUCAAGAUGGAGAAACCCCCCACUCCCCAGACCAUCCCCGCCGGUCCCGCCACCGUGAAGAGGCCCCCGCCACCCCCCCUCAUGAACGGCCUGCCCCCCAGACCCCCGCUGCCAGACUCCAUCCCACCCCCACCCCCUGGGGGGAUGGCUAUGCCCCCCAUGCCGCCCCCCACUGGGCCUGUGCCCUUACCCCCGGGGCCACCUCAGCUUCCGCCGGCUCCUGGCGUCCCUCCUCCCGCUCCGAUGCCCCCGAUGCUCAGACCCCCUCUUCCCACGGACGGGCCCGGAAGCAUCCCGCCACCUCCACCGACCAACUGA